UCAGUAAAGACGCUACCCGAUUUUAAGGUAUUUGUUUUAAAAAUCAAACUGAAAAAGUUUGUGUAUUACACAUUGCGGAAGGUGGAUAUAAAAUUCUGCACGAGAUGUGAAAAGGAAUUUAUUUCUUUUGGGUGAAAUGUCCCGCUUGCCCGUCAUGACAAGCAAGAGGGUUCUCACUAGCAGUAGUGCGGAGAAUUCCCAAGACUUGGCACCUGCGCAGAAGAGACUGCGCAAGGACCAAGAUCUGCAUAAACCGCAGGCAGCGGCUACAGUUAUCGGUGACAGGCGACCUCCUGCCGCUGCAGCCAGACCGCCAAUUUCUAAGCCAGUCAGAGGUGCAGGAGCUGCCACUGUGGCUUUUGGUCCAUCCCGAGGUGUCCAGAAACAGGCUGCAGCUUCUACUGUUCCAAAGGGAAGCAAUGUCAAACAACCUGCUAGUACAAAAACAGGUGGGACUGGGGCCCCCAGACGGCAAGCAUGGGACCUGAAGGGUAAGGUCAGCGACAUGGAGUGUAAGAUCCGCAACUACCAAACGAAAGUCAGAUCUGUUAAUGAGGAGAAUGAGGGGCUGAAAGGCUCGAUGGCUCAGAGUCAAACCAAAGUGACUCAACUGGAGAGAGAAGUUUUGAGACAGAGGAGCCAGAUCAGUGAGUAUGAGACAGAGCUACAGGCACUGUCCGGAGUUCGUGAGGAACUGGAUAAAGUAUCAAGUGAGAAGAGCUUUCUUCAGAAGGAGUUCACCAAUUUGGAGGGGAAAUACAGGGUCAUGGAGACUCUGAGAGACAGCCAAGAGACAGAGCUGCAGACUCUAAAGAUGAAGAUGUCAGUGCAGGAGUCAGCAAUGGCCCGCCUGCAGACCACACUCAGAGAUACAGAGGAGGAGGUGCGUUCCCUCAAAGACACUGUGGCCCAGCAGAGGGAUGAGCUUCAUAUGGGGGAGAUGGAGCGUAGACGUCUGCACAAUACCAUCCAGGAGCUCAAGGGUAAUAUCAGGGUGUUUUGCAGAGUGCGCCCACUAGUGGAUGGAGGUCUCAGCAAACACAUCCAGCUUACACCCUGUGAUGACAAGGCUAUCGUUUUGGCCAAAACAGAGGAGUCUCACACGGGCAAAACUACAGACACUCAGAAGAACUAUAAUUUCAGCUUUGAUCGAGUGUUUGGGCCCCAGGCUUUACAGCUGGAGAUUUUUGAAGAGAUCUCGCUGCUGGUGCAGUCAGCGCUGGAUGGAUACAACGUCUGCUGCUUUGCUUACGGUCAGACGGGGAGCGGAAAGACCUACACGAUGGAGGGAAAUGAGUUUGAUGACGCCAGAGGUGUCAUUCCCAGAGCUGUGCAGCAAAUAUUCAAAGCAAGCGAUAAGCUGGGAUCACAAGGCUGGGAGUUCACCUUCACUGCAAGCUUUGUUGAAAUUUACAACGAGACCCUGCGGGACCUCCUGUACACCGGCAAGGCCAGCAAGAGGCCAGAACACGAGAUCCGAAAGACGGCCGCCAACGAGGUGACGAUCACCAACCUCACCUACGAGAAAGUCUACACCGAGGAUCAGGUCCUCGGUCUGAUUGCUUUGGCCCAAAAGAAUCGCUCCACGGCCCAGACAGCCCAGAACGACCGCUCCUCUCGCUCCCAUUCAGUCUUCCAGCUGCAUAUCGAGGGAGUGAAUGCUGGCAGGGAUAUCAGAUGCAAGUCGACCCUCUGUCUGGUGGACUUGGCUGGCAGUGAGCGAAUGGUGAAGAGUCAGUCUCAGGGUGAUCGUUUCAAAGAGAUGACCGCCAUCAACAGCUCGCUGUCCAACCUGGGCAUCGUCAUCACUGCACUCGCCAACAAGGAGAGCCAUGUUCCAUACAGGAACUCCAAACUUACCUACCUUCUGCAGGACUGCUUGGGGGGAAACAGUAAAACAUUGAUGUUUGUGAACAUUUCUCCAGAGCCAGACAGCUUUGGAGAAACUCUCAACUCUCUGAGGUUUGCCAGCAAGGUGAACGACUGUGUGAUUGGGACAGCAACCUCCAACAAAAAGUAGAUAACCCCCCCCCCCCACCCUUUUUUUUUUUUUUUUUUUUUUUUUUUUUUUCCUCCAUUUCUUUUUCUACUUUUUCUUUCACAAUAUGAAAUAUUCCAGGUAAAAGUUUCACGUAAACAUUGUGCAGUUUGGUACAUUAAAAUCAGCAAGAGCCAAAACAAUUUGUAUACUCUCAGGGCCUUCAUUAAUAAAUACUAAUAAAGGCUUUAAUGAUUCUCUUUUAAAGUAAAUCAGGCAGAUCGGUGCAUGUGUAUAUUUAUUUGUUAGAUUAGAACAUUUUUUAAGCCUUUCAGGAGUUUAGAAGGGGAUUUUCUAAUCGAGACAUUUAAUCUAACAUUUAUGUACUUUUGAUAACACAAAGGUAAUGUUCUGUUUUUGUUUAUAUUUUAUGUCAUUACAUGUAUAAUUUGUAAAAUUACUGCAGAUGUAGUGUUAAUACUGAUGCUGUGGGCUUUUUAUCUUCUUUUCAUUACUCUGCCAUUGUUUUUAUUAUACCCAUCUUUGCUGUCUGAUAAUAAAAAUGUUCAUCAUACUGUAGAUGAUGUAUAACAAUGCUUUGUGUCACCCCGUUGUUUGUUACAAAUGUUCAGAAAGAUGAGCCAAAUUGCACCGAAACUUGACAUCAU